AUGGCUGAGAAAGAUAUUCAAAGUCUAAUAGAGGAAGAGAAGGCUAUCAGAAGGGAUCUAGAGGUUUGUGAAGAAACCUUAGAGAACAUUGGUGCGUUAGCUAUCCGCAUACAGUCAUUUUCAAGGUCUGUAUCCUGUCUAGACCCCGAAGAUCCUGAGACCGAAAUGCUGUCUAAGCAAGCUGAUUUGUUUAAUAAGUCUAUCUCGAGGCUUGGCAGCCGGAGGUCGAAGAGGAGAAAUGCAAUAAGGGAGGAGAUGGCUAAGUCUAAAGCAAGCACAGAAAAGGAGUACAUGGAGAAUACAAGCAUACCACAGCCUAUUAGCGAUGAUGACUUCUUUUCCUCCAGUACGAAGAGGAUAAACGAUGUGCUGAUGAAUGCCAUGGAUGCAUUUGAAACGGUCAAAAGGCAGAAUGUAUAUAUAAACAGAACGAGUGAAAGAAUAAGGGCUGGAUUGAGCCGCAUAGGCCUCAGCAAGCAGCUUAUUGACCAGAUUGACAAAAGGUAUUUAUCAGACAGAGUACUUUUCAUGGGAGGAAUUGUUUUACUUGUUAUCAUGUUCUUUCUUCUUAGGUUUUUUUUAUAA